GUUGGAAGCAGUAGUUAGCUGCUGAGAAAUCAUAAAGUGGGGUGCAUUAUUUUCAGCAUGAGUGAGUCAUGAGCUUGGUUCCCGCAGAGACAGGAUAAGGAACUACACUAGCUGGUCUUUGCAAUGUACUCUGGGCUAACGACAGGAUUUUCUAAUUACAUCUCAUCAUGAGGCCAGCUAAUUGAGUGUGCUAACCAAACAUUAGCUAGCGUUACAAAGUUUGAUAAGCAACUACAGAAGGAAUUCGCUAGCUAGCAACAGCUAGCUACUAUUUUGCUAACUUACAACUAACGUUAACCAUUUCCAGCUAGCUAAGCAAGGUAACAUGUCCCUUUUUAUCGUAAAAAACAAUGUUAGCUAAGUUAACUGUGUUAUUGGGGCAAAUAAUUAAUAACGUUUCGCAAGGCGUUGUUUUGACCAGAUCUUUAAUGUUAUGUCAAAUAGCAAUCAUGAGUAAUGCUAUUAUAGCGAUGAAAAAUAAUGGCUAGUGUUAAACAGCUAAUGCUAACGUUAGCCACAUAAUCACUCAGAAUUAAUUAUCUUUUUGUAAGACCGAAAUAAAGUUAGGCAGCGCCAGCAAGCAGCUUUAUUUUGGGAUAUUUCUAGGCGUCUCUGCCUUUUCUGGACGAUUUUGUCAUUAUUGUCCACCAGUAGUUUUGGACUUAAAACAGCUAACGUUAAUGCGAAACAUCAUGAUGCCCAAGACAAGGGAAUUAGGACAGUGGUAUUGUUUAGAAAACACAAGAGCCAGGUCAUUUUUAUAAUCUCGUUCACUAUUCAUCAUGCAGUCUCAAUAAAACUUUGCUGGCUGAGCGUUGAGUGCAACACCGUUUUAAAUACCCAAACAGCUGGCUAGCCAGUUCAUUAUAGAGAGUGUGUACAUUCAACUAGCCUACUCUCGGUAUGCCUGGGGACGCAUCUGAUAGUAGUGAUGACUCCGAUGCAAAAACGAAAGAAAAAGCCUGUACCGUCAAGCAUCAGAUCACCAAUGCUAACCUCACAGGCCAUACUGAGAGGGUCGGCAUGGAGAACUUUGAGCUUCUCAAAGUGUUGGGUACAGGAGCAUAUGGAAAAGUGUUUUUGGUCAGGAAGAACAGCGGUCAUGAUGAAGGCCAGCUAUACGCUAUGAAGGUGUUGAAGAAAGCAGCCAUUGUUCAAAAGGCAAAGACAACAGAACACACUCGCACAGAGAGGCAGGUGCUGGAGCACAUCCGCCAGUCUCCCUUCUUGGUCACCCUGCACUAUGCCUUUCAGACGCAGAGCAAGCUACACCUCAUCUUAGACUAUGUGAGCGGUGGGGAGAUGUUCACUCACUUGUACCAGCGGGAUCACUUUAGUGAGGAGGCGGUGCGCAUUUACAUUGGGGAGAUAAUCCUGGCUUUGGAGCACCUGCACAAGCUUGGGAUUGUUUACAGAGACAUCAAAUUGGAAAACAUCCUUCUAGACAGUGAAGGACAUGUUGUUCUGACAGAUUUUGGACUUAGUAAAGAGUUUCUGGAAGAGGAGAAGGAAAGGACCUACUCUUUCUGCGGCACCAUUGAGUACAUGGCUCCUGAAAUCAUCAGGGGGAAGUCAGGUCAUGGCAAGUCGGUAGAUUGGUGGAGUCUCGGGAUCCUGAUGUUUGAGUUGCUGACAGGAGCAUCUCCGUUUACCUGAGGAGAGAGGAACUCCCAAGCGAGACGUAUUUUGCGCUGUGAGCCCCCGUUCCCCUCCAUGAUCGGAUCCACAGCUCAGGACCUGCUGAGGAAGUUACUGGUGAAAGAUCCACACAGGAGACUCGGCUCUGGGCCGCGAGGGGCUGAAGACAUCAAAGCACAUCCCUUCUUUAAGGGACUGGAACUGGCUGCUGACCUUGCGGAAAAGAAGGUGGCGAGUCCAUUCAGGCCAGAGCUUAAAAGUGAACUCGAUGUGGGGAAACUUUGCUGAGGAGUUCACGGGAUGGAUCUCUAUUCCCCUGCCAGCACACCUCCAAGCACAGGCCGCCUGUUCCAGGGCUACUCAUUUAUCGCUCCCUCCAUCCUGUUCAACAAGAACGCAGUGAUGGGAGAAUUCAUGGAAUCCCAGAUCAGCGCUGAUCGACCGGGCUCGGCCUCUGUCCAGCGCAGUGCUAUGUUAGAGGAAUCACAGUUUUUUCAGAACUAUGAGCUGUGCCUCCAGGGGCCACCCCUGGGUGAAGGGAGCUUCUCUGUGUGCAGGAAGUGCCGACACAAGCAAAGUGGCCACGAAUAUGCCGUCAAGAUCGUUAGCCGCAGAAUGGAAGCAAACACCCAGAGGGAGAUUGCUGCUUUAAGACAAUGUGAGGCUCACCCCAACAUUGUCAAGCUGCAUGACGUCUACACUGACCAGUACCACACAUACUUGGUUAUGGAGCUUCUGCACGGCGGAGAGCUGCUGGAGAGGAUCAAGAAGAAGAAGCUCUUUGGUGAGGCGGAGGCCAGCCAGCUGUUGCAGAGUCUGGUCUCAGCUGUCAGCUUCAUGCACGAGGCUGGAGUGGUGCACCGAGACCUCAAACCAGAGAACGUGCUGUUUGCAGAUGAGGGAGAAGACGCAGUGCUAAAAGUGAUAGAUUUUGGGUUUGCCCGUCUGUGCCCUGCAGGCAGCGCCCCUCUGCAGACUCCUUGCUUCACGCUGCAGUACGCUGCACCUGAACUCUUUGAGAGCGCAGGUUAUGACAAGGCCUGCGACCUCUGGAGUCUUGGGGUCAUCCUGUACACCAUGCUGUCGGGCCAGGUGCCGUUUCAGAGUGAGCAGCGUGGGAUGACCUCAUCGUUUGCCGCUGAUAUCAUGCAAAAGAUAAAAGAGGGAGACUUCUCACUGGCUGGGGAGGCAUGGAAGGGAGUGUCGGAGGAGGCCAAAGAGCUUGUGAAAGGCCUGCUGACAGUGGAUCCAGAGCGGCGUCUCAAGCUGUCUGAUCUGAAAGAGAACAGCUGGCUGCAGGGCGGAGCGUCCAUGUCUACCACUCCACUGUGCACUCCAGAUGUGCUGGAGUCCAGUGGGCCUACUGUCCGCACAUAUGUCAACGCCACUUAUAAGGCUUUCAACCGUGGGAAGAGAGAGGGCUUCUUUUUGAAGAGCGUCGACAAUGCCCCCCUCGCAAAGCGACGGAAACUCAAGAUGACAAGUACGGGUGUGGAAACCCGAUGGAGUUCAUCCUCUUCGUCCUCCUCUUCAUCCACUUCUUCCUCUGCCUCUGCAACUCCUUCCAAAGCACAGCCAAACCAAACUGUGACCCCAAAGCAGAGCUAGCCUGAGCAGGAGACAAGAGACAAGGAGGGAAAUGAGGAGGAAAGCGGUGUGCGCUGAUACUGGCAAUGUGAUGUCCUCCAGAGGUGAUAAAGCCACCAGGGUUUCACAGAUUUAGUAAUGAACAAACCAAAAGACUGGUCAAGUAUUUAAGUUUCCAAUACAAAGCUGAAUUCCAUUUUGUGUCAGCAUAGUAACACAGUUGAUAUCAUUCAUCACACUGUAUUCUGCCCAAGACCAAACAUGUAUUUUUCAUAAAUGAACAGAAGACAGAUUAUAAAGACGUCUAGAUUCAUAUCUCAAUGGAUAAUCUGUUGUUUUACAAUAUUCAGGAUUUAUUCAGUAUUCAGUCAUCAUAAUUUGGUGACAUCACACACUAAAACUUAAAAAAAAAAAAAAAGAGACAUUUACCUAUUCUUACUGUAGUGGGUAGGCAACAGUGCCUGGACAUAUAGGGAUAAAGGGAAAAAGGAGCCAUGAGUGAGCAGAAGCCAUACAUAUACACAGCAAAACAGUGACUGUACUAAUUGAGCCGUUGUGAAUACACACAAAUUUGCACAUAACAAGUGGUAAGUCCUUCCAGGAUUUUGUAGACUUAUCCUUUGAUUGUAUCCAGUCAUAUUUGACUCUGCAGCAGUAAUGGUGUGAUUACUGACAAAUGAGUCAAAGCAAAAUUUGAAUGAAAUGCUUGACAAGUGCUGUGCUAGACACUGUUGUCUUUAGAUCGCAAUUUUGUGGAAAUUGAGGCACCCAUACUUUUCCUGCUGUGUGCUCAGUACUGCUGCCAUCAAUCACUCGCUCACACACAGACGACCUGCGAGGGAGGGUUAGUGGGACACAUGCACAAUAUGCGAAGCAAAGGUGUGUUGCUGUUGUCCAGGCUGCAGCCUGUUAAGGUUGACACUGUGUACAACCAGGAAAUGCCAAAGCAAGACUGUAUCAUAGUUGAUAAUCUCUCCAUGUAAAAAAAAAAAAAUUUUUUUUUUUUUAAGGAAAACUCUUAUUUACACUAAUAUUCAUGUGAAGCAGCCAUUUCAAGUAGGUUUUGUUGAUUGUUGUGAAAUAAAACGUGUGUGGAGAGCUGGUAGAGAAGGGAGGAAAAACUAGUCAGCACAGCCACAAGUGACCAAGGGGGCCUCGAGGGGGUACUAUCUGCAGAAAAUCCCGAAAAGUAAAGCGAGUGUGGUAGAGUUGAGUCGAUUCGGUACCAUGUAGUGGCAAAACAGCAUUAGUGGGACAUGUACAGGUGCACCAGGGGUCUGGACAGUUGGCUUUUGUAAAAGGAGGUUAUGAAUUGUGUGGAUUGGUCCAAAUCCAGUUGUUUGCACUAUUUGCAGAGAAUGUAAAUAAUGUAAAUCAAAAGAUCAAAAAAUUGCAAAUUCCUGGAGGGACUGAACAGAGAGGGAAUUUCUUGGGAUUUAUACAACCUUUAUAUAUUGGGUAGAAUAAAUGGUGCUCUAGGGGAAAGAUUUUCGAUUAGAAAAAAAAUGAAACUGCGUAAUGACUUCAGUCCAAAGGGCACAGUCUUUGGCAAACCAGUUGCACCUGUGAUACACUACCAACCUUGAGAACCCAGGCGAACAUAAUGCAGAGGUCAUUUCAUGAUACGUGGCACUGAGUUAAAACUAAACAUGAGUGUGUGAUGUGCAGAUUGAACAGUCAGAAUUUGAAUUCAGGUGGAGGCAAAGCCAGCCUGAUGCCUCAUCGUUAUCACCUAAAAAUAGACAAAAGACCGUGAAGCAUGUGUGAGAUAGGAGUGCACAGGGUCUGAUUUUCUUAUUGUAUUUCCUAUAACUUGGGAGCAUAAAUGUGCCUGUUUUGAAAUCGCUAUCAUGUAAAUCUGUUGUGAAGAUGAUCUAAAAACUUUUUUCUAUAUUUUGGGUACCUCAGGCUGGCUAGGAGAUGUCAUUCGAAAUGUGUUUAUGCUACUGAGUGCAGCCUGAGCUACCCUUGACAGAGUGGUUCCAGGAAGACUGGAGAAAAAAUAUAUAUUUGGUUAUUUUGAGCGCACAUUUGCCUUAGGCAUGUGAAUUUUGACAGGGGGUGUCAGUUUCCUGUUGGCCGACCUGACGGGCACCAUGUGGUUAUCACAAAUACAGUCUGAUAUGGAAUAGUGAAAUGUGGCUGCAAGGAGCUCUUCCCAACAGAGUAAGCUACUCAGUUUGUUACAGUGACCAAUAAAUUAUGUAUCACAUCUACUGUAGGCUUUGGUAUUAACAGCCCAAUCCAGAACUUGCGUGCCACUGUGCUGCCGAGAUCACCCCAACGCUGACUUUGUUUACAUAAUUGGUUGGAAGACAGUUCCUAAGAUCAUGAGACUCUUAAACAUGAUUUUAAUACAGUCCUUUGAGUUAUGAUGGGGUCUUGAAGUGUCAGAGACCACCCUUCGGAUUCAUUGUGUAUAUAUAUCCAUCCUUGAUUUAAAAAACAAAACAAAACAAAACAAAAAAAAAAACAAAAUAGUGUUGUGAUGAUUGUUUUAAUCAUUGUAUGUUAGUUGCAGCCGAUCUACUAAUCAAGUUUUUAUCAGCUCUUUUUUUUUUUUUUUUUUUUU